AUGGAGACCAGACACUCUUCUUGCAGCGAUUCACUACCUGGUAGCGAAGCGCAGGUUCGCUUGUGUCCUGAGAAGUUCGAUCAAAAUUCUACGGAUGAGAAAAGUCUACCACCCGUGGAUGGAGGGUUCCAUGCGUGGAUGUUUCUUGGAGCUUGUGUAAUGCUGGAGGCAUUGAUAUGGGGAUUUGCUUUUGCUUUUGGGGUCUUCCAGAAGUAUUACCAUUCUCAUGAAGCGUUCCAAGACUCGAGCAUGGUAGCCGUCAUUGGUACAUGUGCCACGGGAAUAUCCUAUUUGAGCUGUCCACUGGUCAUCGCUGCUAUGAUCUUGCUUCCUCAGAUGGGCCGUUGGUUCUCAUCCAUAGGAUUGACUAUCAUGUGUCUUUCCCUAGCAUUGGGUUCAUUUUCCACCAAUGUUAACCACCUUGUCCUCUCUCAAGGGGUUGGGUUUGGAAUCGGCGGCUGUAUAGCAUACAGUCCAUCCAUCCUGUAUAUGGAUGAGUGGUUCGUGAACCGAAGAGGACUCGCAUUUGGUAUAACCUGGGCUGGCUCAGGGGUAUCUGGACUUAUCUUCCCGAUUGGCCUAGAGAAACUCUUGAGUCAGUUUGGGUUUGAAACUACCCUCAGGGUCAUUUCCGUGAUCAUGUUUGUCCUUGCUGCGCCAUUCUUAUACUUCCAUCGGCCGCGCCUACCAGUUUCGAAGUCUAUAUCUUACAACCGGUUCAACUUUCGGUUCUUGUACAAUAAGGUCUUCCUAUUCUACCAAUUCAGCAAUAUCAUGGAGGCCGUCGGAUUCUUCCUGCCGGGAAUUUACCUCCCCUCUUACGCCCGCAGCAUCGGUGCUUCGGACUUUUUAUCGUCACUCACUGUCACCCUUCUCAAUCUGGCGUCAGUGUUUGGCAGUGUGGCAAUGGGGCAUUUGGCAGAUCGAUAUCAUGCAAUCACCUGCAUCACUAUAUCAACACUGGGAAGUACUUUCUCUCUUUUCUUCCUCUGGGGAUUCUCGUCAACAAUUCCAACUUUGUUGGUUUUUUCUGUUGCAUACGGUUUGUUCGCCGGGUGUUACUCAGCUACAUGGUCGGGAAUAACUCACGAGGUUCGACGGGUGGAUCCCACUGCCGAUUCAACGAUGAUAUUCGCAGUUAUUGCUUUCGGUCGGGGUAUUGGAAAUGUUGUUAGUGGGCCGUUCAGCGAGGCCUUGUUCGGUGUGAGCCUCUGGAAGGAUUCUGAGAUUGGAGGCUAUGGCACUGAAUACGGUCUUAUCAUUUUGUGUGCGGGGAUCAGUGCCUUUUUGAGUGGAGUGUGUAUAGUUGCUCAUCAUUUUAAGUGUAUAUAA